AUGGCAUCCUCGCUGGAUCGUCAGCAGAUGCCUCCGCAGAUGCCGGGCCCAAAGAGGCACUCCAACCAUCCGGAUCGCUACGACCAUCCACCCAUGAUGCAUCACAUGCAGCAAGACCCGUAUCAGAACGGUCCAGGCUACCCGCCGGGCCCUUCGUAUCCCUCGCGCAUGGAUCCGGGCCGUCCGCCAGUGGGGAUGCACCAUCACGGCCCGCCCUCCCCACCGCCCAUGCACCGUGAUCCACGCGCCGGCAUGGGCCCGCCUCCCAACGCACCGCCUCCGCCGGGCAUGAUGGGCAUGCCUCCCAACGACCGCUAUGGCAUGCCGCCCUACCGCCCCAGCCCCGGUCCGCAUCCGCCGUCGCCAUCGUGGCAGAACCAGCAGCUCUACCAGGGUCCUCCACCGCCCGGCGCCUCGUCGCUGCCACCGCACCUCCACCAGCCGGGCUACAACGCCGCGCCGCCUCAGCACCGCCAUUCGCCUCACAUGGCGCCGCACAUGCCGC